GUCAUUGCGGUAACACACGCCCCGUGUACCUUGACUUCCUUGUAUCAGCUUGGUGUUAGAAGACAAAUUCUCUUAAAACUAAACAUAGAUUUGUUCUGGGCAGCUGGUAAAGAUUUCCAGAUCUGUCAUGGAGGGUGCUGAAGACGGGAAAACACGGACAGAACUAACCCAAAGAGAUCCGGAUGCAUCUAAAGAGAACCCUGAAGCUCUUGAUGUCUGCAAGUUUUUCCUGGUGGGCAGGUGUCAUUUUGGAGACAGAUGUCGCCUGCCACAUGGUGGCUCAAAUGCACCUGCUGAUCCUAUAGUGGUACAAACCGAAGAGAAAGCAUGCAAAAAACAUCAAACCAGAAGAAAGUCGGGUAAAACAGACAAGGCCAAGGAUGAAGAAAACACAGGGCCUGAGAAAAAGCUGCGCAUGCGCACGGCAGAUGAUGUCAUAUCCAGGAUUGUGUGGGAUACUACUGUGGACCCAGCAGACUUCAUAGUGGGCCACCUGGACCGCUUUCUGGGAGUUUUGGAACGUCCUUUCUCUGAUUUCUCGUGGGACACUCAGGUGUGUGACUGUGACUAUUCAGAGGAAAUGGCUAUUCCUCGUCACAGGAUCCAGUACUUCAGUUAUAAGGGCCAGCGUGUGUGGGACAAAGACAGUCGUACUGACCACGUGUUUGGCUCCACAGGACAAACAAUAAUGUCUCCAUUUGAUAAGGGGAAUCAACCACAGGACAAUGUUGCUCCAGAUACAGAAGAAGACAAGGAAGAAUUGACAUCGGAGAUAAAUGAGCAGGGUUCCGUAAACCACAACGUAAUGGACGCUGCGGACACCGGAACUCUCAGUGAUGCUGAAGAAACGUUAGACUCCAGCCCAAAUAUGCAACACAAAUCCUGUGAAGAUGCAGGUCUAGUUCAAGAGGCAGAGGAAUUAUCCAUCUCUCAAGAAGACGAACAAGUCACAAAACAGGAUAAAUGGACAGACAGCUGGGACAAGGAGGAAGUGAAGGAUGAAGAGGUGGAGCCUGUUCAAAACAUACCCCAGGAACCACGACCAGGUCGAAAACCACGCAAGCCCACUCAUUUCAUUUGCUUCCGUGUGGACUCACCUGCUGCCUUGCGGGCUUUCCAGCUUGUCCAGAAGCAGGUUCUGACUCAUUUGCCCCAGUCUGAGUCAUUUUGGGUGAACCCGGAGUCACUGCAUGUUACUCUCUCUUUGCUCGUACUUUCAGGCCCCGAGGAAGUUUUUGCUGCUAGUGAGCUCCUUCGCUCUGUAGUCAAAAGCUUCUACAAACCACCAGUUUCUGUCUCCUUCAAGCCUAAGCUGAGGCACUUCAAUGGAAAAGUUCUCCACGUAGCCCCCACGCCCCUCUUGGACAUCCAGAACCUGAACGCUCCCCUCCAGGAAGCAUUCAGGGAGAAAGGCUGGCUCCAUCGUGCCUCACGAAACCCCAACUACCAUCUCACUUUAGCUAAAGUGGAAGAUCCUGAUGCAGAAAGGAUAUUUGGAGAAGUGUGGCGGAUUAAACUUAAGCAAUUAAACUUUGGGAAACUAACGGUGGACAAGUUGUGUCUGUGCGCCGUCAGUGUUCCAUUGGCUGCAGAUGGCUUUUAUGAGACACUUUGUUCUGUGCAGUUGCCCACUGUGUAAAUGGUUGAUUAAAAAAGAAAUCAUGAAGAAGUCAUUUUUUUGCAUAUCAGCAAGAGACAGAAAUUCUGAAGAGAAAUAAUUCCCAACUGGUCUCCUGAGUAAAUGUUCAUUGCAACUGUAUUUCAAAAAGUCCAAUGAACCCCGAUCACACCAAUUCAUUGCAUUUUAUAAUAAUGUAUAGCCUAUGAGGCUCUGUUCCAAAUAGUACAUAACCUUCAGGGAUUUUAAGGUUUGGAGACUCUAAGAAGAAUGUUUUGUCAUAUUUUGUUAGUUAUUAGUUAUCUCUUCACUGUGCAUGCUUUAUCUGGUGUAGAUAAUCAGGGAUUACUCAAGUUUGGCUUGUCACAUUUAUUACUGCUGUAAAAUUUUACAAUAAUUUUUAUGUCUCAGAAACAAUUUGUACAAAUAAUAACAAUUUGUACAAAACAGCAGUUAUUGGAGCUGAUCUGUUUCCAGAGUCAUCAGAUUUCACUAUUAUGUUUGUCACAUGAUAUAAUAUGAACUAGGAGUGAUUCGAUCAGUUGCUAAAUAAAUCAACAUCCUGAAACAGCU